AUGGUAGAAUUAGGCGAAAACUUCGCAACAAGGUCAAAGAUAGGGUUAAACGAGGUUGUAGAAGGGAUGAGUGCUGGUGAGUUUUUAAGGGAUGAUUUUGAGGUUAAAGUUGUGGUUGAAUCGGCCUAUGAUAUGUGUGCAGGGGGUGGAUCUAGUCGGGUUUUGCAAGAAUUAAGUGAGACAAGGAGGGCUUUAUGGAGUGGAGUAGGUGGAAUACGGGGGGAAAAAGAAGGGGGUGAGAGUGAAGCAGUAGAGCAGAUAGUAGAGGAGGUGCAAGGAUUGGUGAGUGUACUGAGUGGGGCACGAGUUUCAGAGGCAUCUUGGCGGUUGGUGGAGUUAGUAAGGGGGUGGCGAAUGGCCCGGGCUAAAGUGGCAGCAGCAGUAGGUGUACAGGCCUUACAGGCAGGUACAGUUCCAGUGGGAGUUUCAGCAGUAUUUGUAGCUAGUGCUUUACAGGCUCAAAUUGGUGAGGCACAAUUAAGAGUACUAGCUACGGAGCAGGCUAAGACGGCCCGGGCAGAUUUAUUGCAGGCAGUGGGCGUAGGUGAUUUAGAAACGGCGGGACGGGCGGCCGAUACGAUUUUGGUUUUAGGCGGGUCUUUACCGGUCGAGGAAGCCAAUCGAGUACUAGGGGGAAGUGAAGGGAGUCGUAGUGGGUAUAUUCAUGCGGUAGUGGAAAGUUUGGAUUUAGUCUUGGGGGUGGAAUCCCGAGUGCUGAUGGGGUACUUGGAAGAGUUUGUGGUGGGUAUUGGUCGGCGGGCGGUGGUACUACGGAGUUUAUUAGGGGAGGCGACGGAACGGGUACCUUUACUGGUGCGAUUAUUGGACGAGGCGGUUGAGAAGGGUUUAGCACCGGUAUUGGCGGAUAUUAGGGCGGCCCAUGAUCCUUAUGAGCGAUUGCUUAAGACGGAAAGAGUAGUGGUGGCUAGUCAGGCGGCAGUAGCUAAAGUAUGGGAAGUUCUGCCGGGUUUACGGGUGGAGUUGGAACGACUGAGUUGGAGUCCGGAUUUAGAAGGGUGUUUAAGCUGGGAGUUAGAAGGAAUUAGAGGACUAGUUGGGCGGUUAGCAGGUGCAGCUAAUCAGAAACCGCGGUAUGUUGUUAAGGGAGAAGCUUUAGCAGCGAGUAGUGCGGCGGGAUUGUUUAUGUACUUGGCCGUUGCUCGACGGGCGGCUAGUCGGGCUAAGGAGUUGGGGUAUAGUCGGCCGGCUCGUGAUGAGUUACACCUGGCUUAUUUACAAGGGGCAUCGGCGGCUUUGGAAACGGCAUUAGGUGAGACGACGGGAGUUGAGCGGAUGUGUUUGCACUUGAGUCUUUUUGUCGGGGCCCGACGAGUACUGCGUAGUUUUGGGGUGGUGACGAGUUUUGAGGCGGCUGAAGAGCAGCGGAGUAAGGGUUUAGCUGAGAAAGCUAGUGGUAUGGCCUUAGAAGCUGUACGGGUGGCCUGGCGGGCCCGUAAUGUUGAAGGCGUACGUUUGCUGGGGUGUUUUGAGCAGUUAAGAGGGACAUCGGUAGGUGAAUGGGCGACUGGGACUUUACUAGGUGCGCAUACACAUGAUUUGGAGACGGAGGCGUGGCAAGUAAGUAGUGCAGAUGAUGCACAGGCAGUAGCAGCUUAUGUGAGUGCUGUACGUGGAGUGGCUCGGCGUAUGGAAGUUCCGGAGGUCAGUCGGCGGUUAACACGGGUUAAGAAGUUGGUUUCAGCUCUGCUAGUUGAGCCUGAGGAUGUACCACGAGUGCUAGAAAGUGCUGGGGCUACUCCGGAAGAAGAAGCAGCGAUUAAGCAGACUCGAGCUAAGUUUUGA